GAAAGUUUUCGUUUACAUGUAGAGGGACGAAACUUGUAAUUUUAGUAAUUUACAUUCCAAGUGAAAUUAACCAAAAAACUGGUUAAUAGAUAUGGUGUUAUGAUCUCUUGGCUUGUUGAAGCGCGCAUGUUGAUCUCCAGUUAAUAAUCUUCUUACUCGCUACUCUAGGGUUUUUUCUUCAUCCAUUAAUGGAAUCCAAGACUUUUUCUCAUGAGGUUUUGGUAUGUCAAACAUGUGGAGACAAAGGAUUCACCAAUGCUUUUGUUUAUUGUAUCAAGUGUUUAAAAUUUGUUAUUCACAGAUACUGUCUAAAUGUAAUACCAAAAUCAUUCGAUGAAUUUGUCGAAUGGGCUUGUGAAGAUUGCCAACAACCACUUUCAAAUCCGUUCACUUCACAUAAAUUCAACCCUUCAAGGUCUGAUAAACAGAAUGCUGCAAUUGCACCACAAGUAAAAACAAAGAAACAAAAGAAAAAACCAAAAAGGAAACCAAAAAAGAAAAGGAAAGUUGCUGUUUCACCAUCAAAUUCCCUAAAAGAAUUUCGGUUGAAAAAUUGUAUUCUUGCUUUAGAGGCUCCAUCGAAAAGAGAGGACAAAAGGAAAAGAGAUGAAAGUUUAUCAGGUGUGGAAAGAAAUGAGAAUAAAACUCAAAAGAUGGUGGAUUCCAAUUCCAACGAGCAUUCUUGCUGUGAUUCCAGUUCUACAGAUGUAAAUUUAAAGAAUAAAACGGGCAUUCAAGAACCAGAGACCAGUCCUGAAAAAUUCCAUUCCUUUGAAAAUCAUCCUACGAAUCAAACACCCGAUGAUCUCCAGGUUGAAACAGCAAACCAGAUGCAUAAUGAACAAGAAAUAAGAACAGACAAAACUAAUGCUGAUGUCACUCAAUCAACGGUUGUUGAAAAUAAUGUAGAUUACAUCCCUUAUCAACCUGCACAACCAGUCCUGGAACCAGUAUGGAGGGGAAGCUUUGAUAUUACUCAAACAGAUUAUAAUCUAUUUGAAGGAUUUGUUGGGCAUUUAUCGAAUAAAGCUUGUUUCAAGGUGUGUCAAGAGGCAAAUGUGCUUCCCUCUUUACUUUCUCUAGAAAUGCAUCCAAAGACUGUUUUAUGGCCAAAAAGCUUCUUGGAGUCUCAACCUUCUGAUGAAAAUAUUGCUCUUUACUUCUUUCCAGGAGACACAAAAAAUGAACGGGAUUAUGAGGACUUGGUGAGUGAUAUGAUAGAUGAAGAGCUUGCAAUGAAAGCCCCUGCCAAAAAUGCAGAUUUAUUGAUAUUUACUUCUAGAGUUCUGCCUCGACCUUUCUGGAGAUUCCAAGGGAAGAACUAUCUAUGGGGAGUUUUUAAAGGCAAAAAGAAUGAUCUUAAAGGAUCAAACAAUAGUGAGAAGAACCCUGUUGUGUCAGAAGAUUUUCCACACAAAGUGACAGGUGGAAAAGAAAUCCUCACAAAAGUGAAAACUUUUGAUUCUCAGAGUCCUCAAAGUCCUUUGUGUAAUUACAGGUGACACACAUGGAGGUGGAGGCUUCAUCAAUUUCAUUGAAACAAUAUCAUUUUGAAGAUGGAGACAAGUUCCAUUUUGAGAUAUUGUUGAGAAUGUAUUUUAGGAUGUCUUUUGUGAGGAUGUUUUGUAUUUAUCUAAAUAUUGAGUUUUUAAAGUAUCGUUAGGCAAAUGGGGUGUUUGGAUGUGUGUUUGUAAAGUGGUUAUUGCAACUCGAAGCAUAUUUAGGUCAAAUUAGGU